AUGGCAUCCUCUCAGCCGUCUUCCAUGUUUGGAAAAGAUGUCGAGUCCGGCGCAACGACCGUAAAAAGCCAUAUCAAGACAGAGGUGGCAUCAGAGAACCCGCCAAAGCCUGCAGGACCCCCUCCACCACCCAAUGGAGGCACCAAAGCAUGGCUCCAAGUUCUUGGGGCUUUUUUCCUGAACUUCAACACUUGGGGUCUCUUGAACACCUUCGGCACAUUCCAGUCUGAAUAUAGUACCGGCUUGCUGAGGGAGUCAUCACAAUCUUCAAUUGCUUGGAUUGGAUCGCUGCAGGCGUUUUUGAUGCUGGUCAUUGGAGUUCUGUGUGGACGGGCUCUCGAUGCUGGAUAUUUCUACGUCGAUAUCAGUCUGGGUGUGUUCUUUGAGGUGUUCGGCAUGAUGAUGACUUCGAUUUGCAAGAAGUACUGGCAACUUAUCUUGGCUCAAGGGCUGUGCGUCGGUGUUGGCGCCGGAAUGUCAUUCAUCCCCAGCGUGGCCAUCGUGGGCACGUAUUUCUCAACACGACGAUCUACUGCGCUGGGUCUGGCUGCUACCGGCUCAAGCGUCGGAGGCAUCAUAUACCCCGUCGUGCUGAGACGUCUGAUCGUCCAGAUCGGACUACCCUGGGCGGUCCGAGUGAUGGCGUUCAUCAUGUUGGGAACGCUUCUCAUCUCGGUUGCUGUUAUGAAGCCUCGUCUUCCGCCUCGCAAGUCAGGUCCGCUGAUCAAUAUCGAGGCGCUCCGGGAUCCGGUAUUCGUCAUUUGGCUUUUCGCUGCAUUCUUCAUCUUCAUCGGUCUUUAUAUUCCAUUCUUUUAUAUUGAACAGUAUGGUAUCAACCUCGGGCUCUCGCGGGAUUUGUCUUUUUAUAUGUUGAUCAUCAUGAAUGCGGGCUCGGUCCCCGGUCGUGUCAUGCCCUCCAUCAUUGCCGACAAGAUCGGUAACCUGUCCGUCAUGAUCCCGUCUGUCCUGCUCACCGGAAUCUUGAUGCUCGCGUGGAUCAGCGUGGAAUCUCAGUCGGGUCUGAUUGCUAUUGCGAUCUUUGUCGGCUUGACAAGCGGCUCUAUCCAGGCUGUACUUCCUGCGACGGUUGCCUUCCUUUGUCCCGAUUUGUCUAAGCUGGGCACCAACAUCGGCAUGACUCUCUUUGCGUCGGGUCUGGGAUUGUUGAUCGGUAGCCCUGUGGCGGGUGCGAUUCUGGAUCACCAGCGAACAUCCGGGAGAGAUGUCUUCUGGGGUACGUUGACCUUUUCUGGGAUCUUCAUCCUGGCGGGAGGUGUGUGCUUGAUUGUUGCUCGCGUGGUCAAGGUGGGAUUUGCCUUGAAGAAGGCGUGA